GGCAUCUGUGCAUUUUGGUGUUUGAUAUAAAGUUGCGAUUAAUCCACGCUCCAUAAUUGCUGUCAAGACCAACCUGUAACCAUGGCUGAAUACAACGCUUCUGUGCACGGCGACGUCGACAUCAUCUUUGCGGGCGGAGGUACUGCUGCCUGCGUGGCUGCUGGCCGCAUUGCAAAGUAUAAUCCGGAUUUGAAAAUCCUUCUGAUUGAGCGCGGCGGCACAAGCUUUGAGGAUCCGUCGGUGCGCAAUCCGUUCUUGUAUCUGACCAAUCUCUUGCCAACUAGCAAGAAUGCCAUUUUUUGGAAAUCUCAAGCUUCCAAAUACCUCAAUGGCCGUGAAGCCGUCGUGCCAACGGGCGGUACUUUGGGUGGUGGCUCAGCCAUCAACUUCAUGAUGUACACGCGCGCUCAGAAAGUAGACUUUGACAGCUGGAAUACGCCCGGCUGGUCGGGUGACGACCUCGUACCUCUUGCUAACAAGAUUGAGACCUAUCUCAACGACGAUCCAGCAAUUGACCAGAGCAAGCAUGGUCAUGAUGGACCCAUUCAGGUAUCUGAUGGUGGCUUCCGAUCCAAGUGCGAGCACGAUUACAUCGCCACGAUUAAGAAGAUGGGCAAGGAAGAGAUUGUCGACAUGGAGAGUUUCGGAGAGACUGGUGGCUUUGCGCGUUGGCAGCGAUACGUCAGCAAAGAUGGCAAGCGACAAGACGCAGCCUUUACCUACUUGUACCCGCUCGUCCAAGGCGGACAACACCCCAACUUGUUUAUUCAACCUAAUUCGCAGGUUGUCCGUGUUCUAUUUGAUGGCACCCGUGCCUCUGGUGUUGAGUAUAUCGCAUCUGCGGAGGCGGAUAGUGUCAAUCCUGCCCGAACAGCUGUCAAAGCAACCAAGCUUGUUGUUGUUUCGGCUGGUGCCCUUGGUACACCGCUGAUUCUUGAACGAUCGGGUGUUGGCAACCCGGAGCUACUGAACAAGUUAAACAUCCCCGUGGUCUCGGCUGUACCGGGCGUGGGCGAGGACUACCAGGACCACCAUCUCACCCUCUUCCCGUUCAAGACAUCGUUGCACCCCGACGAGACCCUUGAUAGCGUCCUCAGCGGCCGCUUGGACGCCACGCAGCUGAUCAAGGACAAACAUCCAAUUGUCGGCUGGAAUGGCAUUGACAUUUCGUCCAAGAUCCAAAUGACCCCCGAGGAAGUGGCCGCCCAGCCAGAGGCUUUCCAGAAGCUAUGGCAUCGCGACUUUGCCCAUGAAAAGAGCAAGCCGCUUAUGCUUAUUGGCAAAGUUAGCGCGUUCCUUGGCGACCCAACCACUGUCGAGCCCGGCCAGUACUUCACUUUGGGCUGCUACACGGCAUACCCGUGGUCCCGCGGCAGCAUCCACAACAACUCGGCUGACGCUAUCAACGACUACACCUUUGACAACGGCUUCUUUAGCGACGAGUCAGACGUGACUUCGCAGAUCUGGAGCUACAAGGUCGCGCGUGAGGUUGCGCUGCGGCUGCCGUAUUCUACAGGCGAGCUUGCGGUUGGCCAUCCCGUGUUUAAGCAGGGGUCUAAGGCGGUGCGGACCGAUGAGGACUAUAAGAGCACGGCUGAUAAACAGGACGUGGAGUAUUCAGCCGAGGACGAUAAGGUGAUUGAUGCGUUUUUGAGAGAGAAUGUCAACACGACGUGGCACUCGCUGGGAACGUGCCCCAUGAAGCCGCUAGACAAGGGAGGAGUGGUGGAUGGCAACUUGAAUGUGUUUGGCACGCAGGGGCUCAAGUGUGUGGACUUGAGUAUUGUUCCGGAGAAUGUCGGGGCUAAUACCAACAAUACUGCCUUGGUGGUGGGAGAGAAGGCGGCGACGAUUAUUGCUUCUGAGCUGGGUAUCAAGAUUUAGUUUGUUUGUCGAGUGAGACGUGUCUAGCCUGAGUUUGUCUGCACGGCCCGUAUUAUGGAAUAAUUAAAGCAAAUUCUUCCGUUGAAUCCGAAUGUCUUUCCU